AUGAUUAGUAGCAUGGAAGGCAUAAAUCUUGCAAGCUACUUGUGUUCCAGAGCCACCGCAGCAUGGAAUGGGAGUAAAAAAGUGCCGGAAUUCCGACCAUUUGUAGCAUAUUCUUUGCACCAAGUUGCCGACCUUCUGUACUACAAGUAG